GCCCUCCCCACCAGCAGGCUAGCUAUAUAAACCCCAGCGCCAUGCACCACCUCUCCUCAUCCAAAUCGAGACAGAACACACCACCACAAGCUAGCUAGCAGCCUAGCACUAGCAGCGGCCGGGCAAGCCACCUCUCUCCCUCGAUCCCUCGCCGAUCGAUCACCGUCUUUGCACUGAUCUCUGCAGAAAGCUAGCAUUAGUAUGGACGGCGCCGUAGCGAUAGCGGCGGCGGCGGUCCUGCUGCUCUGCGCCUUCAUCUACGCGGCGUGGCUGGCACCGGCCGCAGCCAGGCGCCGCCUCCGCGGGGCGGGCUUCGACGGGCCACGCCCGUCCUUCCCCUUCGGCAACCUCCCCGAGAUCACGGCCUCGCUGCAGGCCCAGGCCCAGGCCAACAACAACAAGUCCUCCGCCGUCGCCAGCGGCGACAUCCACGCCGCCGUCUUCCCCUACUUCGCCCGCUGGCGCGAGUCCUUCGGCAAGGUCUUCGUCUACUGGCUGGGCACGGAGCCGUUCCUGUACGUGGCCCACCCGGAGUUCCUCAAGGCCGCCACCGCCGGCGCGCUGGGCAAGCGCUGGGGGAAGCCCGACGUGUUCCGCCGCGACCGCAUGCCCAUGUUCGGCCGGGGCCUCGUCAUGGCCGAGGGCGAAGAGUGGACCCGGCACCGACACAUCAUCGCGCCAGCCUUCUCCGCCACAAACCUCAACGACAUGAUCGGGCUCAUGCAGGAGACCACCGCCAAGAUGCUGGCCGAGUGGGGCGACGCGGUGGCGGCGUCCGGCGACCAGCAGGACGGCGCCGUCGUCGACGUGGAGCGGGGCGUGGUCCGGAACGCCGCCGAGAUCAUCGCCAAGGCGAGCUUUGGGGUGACCGACGACGAGGCCGGCGCGCGGGUGUUCCGGAAGCUGCAGGCCAUGCAGGCGAUGCUGUUCCAGUCCAACCGCCUCGUCGGGGUGCCGCUGGCGCGCCUGCUGCACGUGCGGAAAACCUACGACGCGUGGCGCCUGGGACGCCAGAUCGACGCGCUGCUCAUGGACAUCAUCCACGACGCGCGCCGCCGCCGCCGCCAGGGGAAGGACCUCCUGUCGCUGCUGCUGGCCGGGACGGAGGAAGCCACCGACCGGCGGCUCACCACGAGGGAGCUGGUGGACGAGUGCAAGACCUUCUUCUUCGGCGGGCACGAGACCACGGCGCUGGCGCUGUCGUGGACGCUGCUCAUGCUCGCCGCGCACCCGGACUGGCAGGACGCGCUGCGGGAGGAGGUGGAGCGCGAGCUCGGCAAUAAGGACGACCAAGGCCAGAAGCUCGACGCCGCCGCGCUUGGCCGCCUCACCAAGAUGGGGUGGGUCAUGAGCGAGGUGCUGCGCCUCUACCCGCCGUCGCCCAACGUGCAGCGGCAGGCUCUGGAGGACGUGCAGGUGGCGGAGGGCAAGGGGGCCGCUGUCGUCAUCCCGCGUGGCACCAACAUGUGGGUGGACGUGGUGGCCAUGCACCACGACGUGGACCUGUGGGGCGACGACGCGCACGAGUUCCGGCCGGAGCGGUUCGCUCGUGACCCCAUGCAGGGCGGGUGCCGCCACCGCAUGGGCUUCCUCCCCUUCGGCUUCGGCGGCCGCAUCUGCGUCGGACGCAACCUCACCGCCAUGGAGUACCGCGUCGUGCUGGCCAUGCUGCUGCGCCGCUUCAGGGUGUCGGUGGCGCCGGAGUACCGGCACGCGCCCAAGAUCAUGCUCUCGCUCAGGCCCUCUAACGGCAUCCAGCUCCGUCUCACACCACUGGUCACUGCCGAUGCCAAGUCAUCGUCGGCCUAAGCUAAGCUAGCUAGGUAUCUACGACUUAAUUAACUAAUAGCUGGAGGAGUAUUAAUUAGGUUGAUCUGCUCCACUUGGUAUAUAUAUAGAUGUUAUAUAUGAAGCUAAUUAUAUUAGGCAUGUGACGAGCAUCUGCUAGUAAUAAGCUCCUAUAUAUAAAGUGGAUGCUUAUUUUGUA